AUGAAGCCAAGCUUCUCGUCCAAGCCUUUUCACCAAGCCACCAUGGCGCUCUCAAGCUUGAUCUUAUUGCUUGGCUGCACUGCAGCGGUUGUGGACGCUGGCCUCGCUGCUCGGCAGAGCAUGCUGGAGAAGCGGGGUCUCAAUCGACUAGCGAAGCGACAGGAUCUGCAACAACAGCCCUCUUUUCCGAAUCAGAGGCAGUUUUUGAAUAACAAGACGCAGCCGUACUGGGUCAACGGGUCGGCUUUGCCUGAGGUCUAUUUUGAUAUUGGAGAGAGCUAUUCUGGUUUGCUGCCGAUUGAUGAGUCGAAAGAGUUGUUCUUCUGGUUUGUGCCGAGUACGAAUCCAGAUGCGAAGGAUGAGAUUACAAUUUGGUUGAAUGGAGGACCUGGCUGUAGCAGCAUCGAUGGCUUCUUUCAUGAAAAUGGACCUGCGAUCUGGCAGCCUGGUACAUACCUUCCGGUGCCAAAUACUUGGGCCUGGAGCAACUUGACGAAUAUGGUAUUCAUCGAACAGCCUGUCGGUACGGGGUUCUCGCAGGGUACUCCGAAUGCGACCAAUGAGGAGGAUGUCGCAGCUCAGUUCCUACCAUUCUGGAAGAACUUCAUCGAUUUGUUUGAGCUCCAUGAUCGCAAGGUUUACGUUACGGGAGAAUCGUACGCUGGAAUGUACUGCCCCUACAUUUCCGCUGCGAUGAUCGAGCAGAAUUGCACAAAAUACUUUGACGUCGCAGGGAUGAUGAUUUACGACCCCAGUAUCCAGCCACAGGUCUCCUCGGAAGUCGCAGCCUUGCCCUUUGUCAAGGCCCACUAUCCCGAUUUCCCAUUUAACGAGACAUUCACGGCAUUCCUUGAGAACAGAACGCAGGCUUGCGGGUACAACGAAUACAUCGAGAACGGACUGCAGUUCCCACCAAAAGGCACAUUCGACAACCCACCGGGCGUCAACUACACGAACAAUUACACCUUGGACGACUGUCAAGUCUUCGAUCCUAUCUUUGAAGCAAUCUUCGAAAUCAAUCCCUGCUUCGAUAUUUAUCAAGUCGGUCAAAUCUGUCCUCUCCUUUGGGAUGUCCUUGGGUUCCCAUACCCGGCCACGUACUUCCCAGUCGGCUUCACGCAGCCUUAUUUCAAUCGCACCGAUGUUAAGCAAGUUAUUCACGCACCAGAAAACGUGAACUGGCAAAUCUGUACCGACAAGGACGUCUUUGUGGGGGACAAUGGCGACACGAGUCCGCCUUCCGGUAUCCAAGGAGGUCCUCUGCAGAAGGUCAUCGAGAAGACGAACAAUGUUAUUGUUGGGCAUGGAGAUCUGGAUAUGGUACUCAUUGCCAAUGGAACACUGCUCACAUUGAACAACUUGACUUGGAAUGGCCAGCAAGGUUUCUCGAAGCCGCCUAUCGAUCCGUUCUAUGUACCUUACGGGGACGAUUAUGUGAAUGGUUCGAUUGCAGGCUCCGGAGUCAUGGGAGGACAUGUGACAGAAAGGGGUUUGACGUUUGUGGCUGUUGUGUUGUCGGGACAUGAGGUUCCUGAGUAUCAGCCUUCGGCAGCGUAUAGGCAUUUGGAGGUCUUGUUGGGGAGGGUGGGGAAUUUGAGUGAGGUCAGUCCGUUUACGACGCAAAGGUAUGUGGAGCAGCCAAAGUUCGAGAAGGGGCUGGGCAGGGGUACGUGGUGGCCUAAUGUUGAGGAGAGGUUUACAGUCCAGGGUUAAGGAGAACUGUUAGGGAUCAAAAGCGAUAAAUUGAGAUCCUUGUAGCGGAUAUCCUCAGCGAUGAAGAACGAUGACUAUGACGAAUGAUGAGUAUGGCCAUGAUGAGAUUGUGUGUAUAGCUCCGGCUAAUGAGUCUCAUGGUCACUUCAGUGCAUCUUUCCAACGAUCAAGCUUGACCACGACACGAACUUCGUCCUACGACUCAAAAGCCGCUUCCGCUUCUUCGAUCAGGUCGUCUCUCUUCACCUUCCUGUUCGACAG